CUUUACAUUUCUAGGUUGCACUUCCACUUUUGCGAUACAGAUUGAAUAGAGCCCUAGGCUUGUUCUAGUCAUUCCCAGCUUCUGAGUAAUAGUUUUGUUUCUCGUAAAUGUUUUACCCGGUGGGUCCACUGUCCACAGAGUUGCCUUAGUCAGGCUGCUCCACACACACUGGGAGGAAGAUGGCUGCUCUACUGCUGCUGUUGUUGUUAAGUGCUGGAGUCCUGCUGCCUUCUAUUGAGGCUCAGGAGGCUUAUAGUAAACUCCCUGACAAGUACAGGAAAGGAGUGGAUCUGGCUCUGCAACAACUCAACUCUCAUUUUGGAGUCCAGCACCAUUUUCUCUUCUUCAAGAGUCUCCUGAAGUCUGACAUAGAGUCUGGGUUUAAUGUACAAUACAUCUACCACAAUUUCUACUUGAAAGCCACCACCUGUGCCAGGGGAACCGUUAAUCCAAGCCAUCAGCGAUGCCAAUUCAGGAAUGACCGACCACUGAUGGACUGUGGAAUUUGUUACAAAACAUUUGCCGGAGAGAUUGAGAAAGACCCCAAGCCGUAUGUCCACUGUCUCCACAAACCAAAACUAACAAAGGCUAUGUCGACAACAAGACAAGAGCACUGUCGCAAGAUGAGCUACACCAGUGGAGCCCCGACUCUCCUAUCCAGCACCAAGAAUGAUACUGAUGAGUGAAAUACCAUAGAAUAGAUGGUUCAUGAGACAGAAUUAGAAUGUACUGCAUUUAUAACACACUGGUGGAAUUUUUAGUUUGUGCCAAGAUCACUAUUGUUUAAAGGGCAUACCACCACUUUUCAAGUUCAUAUUCAUUAUCUCCAGCACCAUACCAGUGUCUAAAAAAAGAUCCAGUGAAAAAUGAUGUCAUCAAAAGUAAAAACAUUCUAAAAACAGUGAUUUUCAAACACUAUGAGAUUCAUGGUCACGCAGGAGCAGGAAAAUGCCCUUCCCCUGGCUAGAAACUCGUUGCAUGUUUUGAAAAUCACAGUUUUUACUUUUAAUCCUACUCAAUGACGUCAUCAAGUAUAUAUAUUUUUAGGAGCUUUCUUAGUUUUUAACCACAAAAUGUAAAAACGUGUCCUUUUCAUACACUGAUAUUGUGCUGGAGAUAAUGAAUAUGAGGUUGAAAAGUGGUGUAAUUGCCCUUUAACUACAUUUUAUAACAUUUGAUAAAAACAAUAAUUUUUAUCAAAUCAUUUUUGUGAGCCAUUGCCAUAUUGAUUUCAUGCUUCCCUUUUCCAAUUCCAACAAACAACUUCAUGACUAGGCAGACUACGAAUCAACCAUUUGACUCUGUUGUGUUGUGAGACAUCGUUUUCUAGGUAAUAAAAUUCAUAGAAGAUCAAGAAAA